AUGAAGCGAACACUAUCCCGCGCAUUCUCGCGCCACCGCCAGUGCUGCACAUCUACAUUUGCAGAGAGCGCGUGGUCGACGUCGACGGUGUCGCGACGGCGCUGUGUGAAUCAAACGUCGUGGAGGCGGGCAUAUGCAACGGCAGAGAAUGCACGGCCGGGAUUGAAGGUUAAAGGGUUGACGGUUAUAGAUCAUCAUUAUGAUGCGAUCGUAGUAGGCGCAGGCGGAGCAGGCCUCCGCGCAGCUGUGGGACUCACGGAGGCUGGACUCAAGACGGCGUGCGUUACGAAGCUGUUUCCUACGCGGUCGCAUACGGUGGCUGCGCAGGGGGGAAUCAAUGCUGCGUUGGGGAACAUGACAGAAGACGACUGGCGAUGGCACAUGUACGACACAGUCAAAGGCAGCGACUGGCUAGGUGACCAAGACGCAAUCCACUAUAUGUGCCGCGCAGCGCCCGACGCCAUCAUCGAGCUCGAGCACUACGGGAUGCCGUUCUCGCGGACAUCCGACGGCCGGAUCUACCAGCGGGCGCUCGGGGGCCAGAGUCUGAAGUACGGGAAGGGCGGGCAGGCGUACAGGACGGCAUGUGCGGCGGAUCGGACGGGGCAUGCGAUGCUGCAUACGUUGUAUGGGCAGAGUCUGAAGGAGGGGGUGCAGUUUUUCGUGGAGUAUUUUGCGUUGGAUUUGUUGAUGGCGGAGGGGAAGUGUGUCGGGGUUACGGCAUUGAAUAUGGAGGAUGGGACGGUGCAUCGGAUGUUUGCGAGGAAUACUGUGUUGGCUACUGGUGGCUAUGGACGGGCGUACUUCAGUGCUACGAGCGCACAUACAAGUACGGGUGAUGGGAGUGCAAUGGCUGCCAGAGCGGGAUUGCCACUUCAAGAUAUGGAAUUUGUGCAGUUUCAUCCUUCUGGCAUCUACGGAGCGGGAGUCCUCAUUACAGAAGGCGCCCGUGGAGAAGGAGGCUACCUGCUGAACGCUCAAGGCGAACGGUUCAUGGAACGAUACGCGCCAACGGCAAAGGAUCUCGCGUCUCGAGACGUCGUAUCCCGCUCGAUGAAUCUUGAGAUCCUGGAAGGUCGAGGCGUGGGAAAGGAUCGCGACCACAUCUCCCUGCAGCUCUCCCACCUACCAAAAGAGAUCAUACAUGAACGGUUACCAGGAAUAGCAGAGACAGCAGCCAUCUUCGCCGGCAUUGACAUCACGCGAGAGCCUAUUCCUGUGAUACCGACUGUUCAUUACUGCAUGGGCGGCAUUCCCACCAACUACCACGGCCAAGUUCUCGACAACGUCAACGGCGAAGACAAAGUCGUAGACGGACUCUAUGCAGCAGGCGAAGCAGCAUGCGUGAGCGUCCACGGUGCAAACCGACUCGGUGCCAAUUCUCUCCUCGACAUCGUAGUCUUCGGCCGCGCCUCAGCUCUUCACAUCUCCUCCAACCACGCCCCCUCAGCACCACACCACCCAUCUCCCGCAGACAUCGGCCUCCCAUCCCUCACGCACCUAACAUCCCUCCUGGAUUCUACCACUGGCACAACACCCACCUCCACCCUCCGCGACUCCAUGCAACGAACAAUGCAAACCACCACCGCCGUCUUCCGCACCCACGACUCCCUCUCUUCCGGACAUGACACCCUCCGCUCCCUCGCCACCGACUUCAGCACCUCCAUCCGCCUCACCGACAAGUCCCUCAUCUGGAACACCGACCUCAUCGAGACACUGGAGUUACGCAACCUUCUCACCAACGCACUACAGACCAGCAAAGCCGCACUGACGAGGACAGAGAGCAGAGGUGCGCAUGCUAGGGACGAUUUCCCGGAGAGGGAGGAUAAAGAGUGGUUGAAGCAUAGUUUGACGUGGCAGAAGGACGUCGAUGAGGAAGUGGAGUGGGGAACGAGAGCAGUGAUGAUGGAUACGCUCGAUGAGGCGGAGUGUGCGACUGUGAAGCCAGUCAAGAGAGUUCCAUUCGCCUUGCUAAUGAUACAUUCAUCAUAG